AUGAUUAAAUUUAAGAUUGGUAGAAGUAAUAAAAAAUAUGAGAAAAAAAGUAAUAUAGAUAAUAAUGAGGAAAAUAUAAAAGAAAGUUGUGAUGAUAAUAUAUUAAAUGAUCAAGUUGCAACAGAUUUGAAUUCAGAAGAAUUAAAUGAAAAGAAUUAUAUAAACGAAAUAUUAGAUGAAUCUAGUGAAGAUGAUGGUAACGUCAUAAAUUCUUCAUAUGAAGAAAACAAGAAAACAAAAAACAAGGAAGAAAGCUAUUAUUAUAUUAAUGAUGCAAUAAAAAGAAAUUAUCCAUUAGAAUAUGAGGAUAAUAAAAUAUAUCCAAAAGUAUAUUGUUAUGAACCUACUAAUUUUGAAAAUUUUAAAAAAAAAAUUAAAAAUAAAAAUGAGUUGAGGCAUUAUGAGUGUUAUUCAUCAACCAUGAAUGAAUUUUUUUAUAAAUAUAAUGAAAAUUAUUAUGAUGAUAUUUUAAAAAAUGAAAGUUUUAAAAAAUUUGCUGAAGAAUUAUGGUCCAAUAGAAGUAAUAUUAAAACAGAUCAACAAUAUCAAGAUCUUUGUGUACAGUUAAGAAAAAAAUAUAAAAUAAGCCCGUCAAAGCAUCAAAUAAGUGUUGCUUUACAACAUCAUUAUUUACAAUCAUUGGAUGAUGAUAAGAAGGAUAUGGAAAGUAUUAUAGAACUACAAAAAAAUAGUGAUCACAUAAGUGACAUAAAUGAUAUGGAUAAUAUUAUCGCUGUGGAUAACACAAAUCGUGUGGAUAACAUGAAUAAGCAUGACAGUAGUCAUGUAGAUGAAACAAACGCCCCUAGUGAAGAGGAUGAAUUUAUGAUAAACAAAAAAGGGAAAGAUGUCAAAUUUGUGUUAGAAAAUGUUAAUAAGAUGAUAAUUACCAAAGAAAUGAAAAAUUAUAAAGAUUUAGAUAAAGAAAGUGUACAUUUCUUACAAAUUAAUAAACGUAAAGGAGUUCGAUCGAAUAGUGGUGUUUUAGUUGUAACCAUUAUUACACAUCCUCAUAAAUUUAGCUGCAAAUAUGAUUGUCAUUAUUGUCCUAAUGAACCUAACCAACCACGUUCUUACUUAUCUACAGAACCAGCCAUAUUAAGAGCUAACCAAAAUAAUUUUGACGUCAUUUGUCAAUUCUUUAAUAGAACUACUACUUUAGUAAAUAAUGGACAUGUCGCAGAUAAAAUCGAAGUCCUAGUAUUAGGUGGUACGUGGAGUUGCUAUGAUAUCGCUUACCAAGAAGAAUUCAUAAGAGAUGUAUAUUAUGCUGCAAAUAUAUAUCCUGUUUUAAAAGAUAGAAGAAAAAAAUUAACUCUAAAAGAAGAACAAGAAAUUAAUGAAAAAAGUAAUUGCAGAAUUAUAGGUUUAACUUUAGAAACAAGACCUGAUCAAAUUAAUAAAGAUGAAUUACUAAGAUUAAGGUAUUAUGGUUGUACAAGAGUUCAAUUAGGUAUUCAACAUAUAGAUGAUGUUAUCUUAAAAAAAGUUAAUAGACAGUGUACUUUAAAAGAUUGUAUAAGAGCAAUUUAUUUAUUAAAAGAAAAUGGAUUUAAAGUUGAUAUUCAUCUAAUGCCUGAUCUACCAUAUUCUGAUGUAUAUAAAGAUAUUCAUAUGUUUAAAUAUGUUUUAAGUUCAACAGAUUUACAAGCUGAUCAAUGGAAAAUUUAUCCUUGUGAAAUUACACCAUUUACUAAAAUUGAAAAAUGGUAUAAUAAUAAUGAAUAUAAACCAUAUUUUGAAACAAAUAAAAAUCUCCUAAUUUCAGUAAUUCUACUUGUUAAAAAAUCUAUACACCCAUGGAUCAGACUUAAUCGUGUUAUUAGAGAUAUUCCAAACCCAUCCAUCAUUGCUGGAAAUAAUAUAACAAAUAUGAGACAACUUAUAGCUAACGAAAUGAAUAUAAGAAAUAUUUUCUGUCAAUGUAUUAGGUGUAAAGAAGUCAAAAAUCAAGAAAUCGAAAAAAAAAGUGAUUCCAUAUUUUUAAGAAUUUAUAAAUAUCCAACACUUGGAGGUGACGAGUACUUUAUUACUUUCCAAGGCAGAAAGAAAGUUGUUAACCACCAUGGAAAAAAAAAUAAAAAAAACAAAAAAAGUAAAACCUCAAAAAAAGACAACCUUAAUCAAAAAUAUAAUGAUGAACAAAUGAAGGAAAAAGAUAACAAUAAAAAAAUACAAAAUAAAAAUAAUGUUAAUAAUGAUAAUAAUAGUAAUAAUAAUUAUUAUUCUGAUUCUAAUGGUCAUCUUUCUUCAACAUCCAACGUUCUGGAAAAUAUGGAAACGUUCUUUAAUCAACAUGAAACAGAAAAUAAUCAAAUCAACCAUUCACAUAAUACACAAUAUGAACAUUCAGGUGCUAGCCAAAAUAAUAUAAAUUCUGAACAGUCAGGUGCUAGCCAAAAGAAUAAAAAUUCUGAACAGUCAGGUGCUAAUCCAGAAAAUGUUCAUAAUACCAAUGUCCCACAAAAUAAGAUGGAUACAGAAAUUCCCAUAGAUCACAACAUUUACGAAGAUUAUGAUAAUGAAUAUUCCUUAUUAGGAUUUUUAAGAUUACGAUUACGAAAGAAAAAUAACUAUUGUGAUGAUCGACCGUUUAAAUGUUUAGAGAAUUCAGCAUUAAUAAGAGAGUUGCAUGUAUAUGGGUCUUUAUUAAAGCAUGAUGAUUUUAAAGACGAGUUAAAUUUUAUUCAACAUAAGGGAUUAGGAAAGUGUUUAGUGUUAGUAGCAGAAAUCAUAUCAUAUUUUUACAAUUACAAAAAGGUAUCGAUAAUAGCAGGUGUCGGUACAAGGGAAUAUUAUAAAAAGUUGGGAUAUACAAAAGAGGAAACAUAUGUGACCAAAAUAUUAAAGAGAGAAGAAAUAUAUAAAAAUUAUUUAUUAAAUAUUGAUAGAAUAGGAAAGACAAUAUUAAUACAUGAAUAUAAUUUAAAGCAUUGUUUAUAUUUAAUGCAUAAAGAAAUACCUGAACCAUCAAAGUAUAAACGUACUGAAAUAACAAAUUUAAAUUCUUAUAUAAAUGAAAAUAUACUUCAUUCAUCAGAUAUGAAAAAUUAUUUAGUCCAUAAAAAAAAAUGUACUACAUCAUCCAUAAAUGUUCAACGUUUAUUGGAAACCGAAACAAAUCAAAUUGUUAAUAUCUUAUGGAAUCAAUUUAAUAAAUGGUCCCUUGACUUUUUAAUUAAAAAUCGUUUAAUUUUCAAUGUAUCAACAAUUGUAUUUUUUAGUUCAACCUUUUUAUUUACCAUCCAAUUUUUUAAAAAGAGAAACAUUAAUACGUAG